GCUUCAGUCAGUCGAGUGCGAUCGUUCAGCAAGCUAGGCAGGAGAUUCAGUUCGAUUUUCGUUACGUUCGCGUCACACUAAAACUGAAAAACCGGACAUUUUGGGUCACCAUUAGGGCGCUCGUACCAAUAUUGUCUAGUUAUUUUUUUUCAUUCGUUGUCCCACUUGAAUCGAAUAAGUAGAAUUUAUACGAUUUCAAAGGCUUGAGAAAGGGCUGGCACUUGUUUUGUGGUUGUUGUUAGGAAACGAAGUCAUCCAAAGUAGGCAAUGGAAUGUGUCAACGUGUAAUGAAAAAAGUGUGUUUACUUUGAUUAUAUCAUGCACUGAAAGAUUCACAAACAAUACUAUUGUUUGGUGCGUUGGUAUUCAUGUGAGUGCAUUUUUGUUUUCUCUAUUUUGUUUUCACAAUGUGUCACGGUGAUUGCAAAAUUGGUAGUGGUAGUGAGAGCUGAGAUUGCGCACCAGGUAGCUCCACACAAGUUAGCGCCGUUUUUUUUAAGGGGUGAGAGAGUGAGAACGAUGGAGGCGGGUAAGGUGCAAAUGUCAGCACUCUGAUGAAAGUGGUGUGAAAAGCAAAAUAAUAACAACAGAGGCAAAAUAAACAGAAAAAGGUUAAUGCACGGAUGACGGUGCACGGUGUGUUUAUGAAUACAUGUGACAUCAAUAGUGAGUGUUGAGAGAAAAGGUGUUUGGAUUGUGAAAAUAAAACUAGUGAAUCCAUUGUUGACGGUGGGGUUUUGUUCGCAUAGUACGAAUUGUUAUAAAAUUUAUGUUACACGGAACGAGGAAGCGAAUGUUUUCAGACAACUUGCUGCGCGUGACACACCUAUACAGCAACAGCACUAUUCUCACAAAGAUUAGGCGCUCCGAUGACGAGAUGGGUGCCUGGGUUCGAGUGAGUAGUGAGUGACUGCGAAAGCAAUGGGCUGCACAUGUUUGAGUAUUGAUUUCUAAUAAGCUUGCACGAGUUGCGAGCUGAUGCUGGCUGGAAUUGUUUCACAGUCGGCGUAGCGGUCGCUAUCGUAACGUACUUGCAGUGUGUCGCGUUUGUUGGGGACCAAGUUUUUCCUUACCGUUGUUGGUGAUGAUUUUCAUGAUGUUAUUGAUUGAGGUGAAGUCCGGUGGUCCGGCCUAGCUGGUUUUGGGUUGUGGUGAAGCAGUUUAUCGCGGAAGCAAGUGUUUAAAUUUGUGUCUAUUUAAAUCAUGGAUUUCUUGAAGAACGAGUGAAGAAAAAUAGCAGAAAAGAAGCAAAGUGGAAUAAUUGAAGUGCGAAGAGAUAAAAAACCCAUGAAUCGCAAAAGAGUGAAAGGAAUUGCAAGCGGAGAAAAAAGCUGAAAAAUAUACACAAUCAGUGGGGGCCAAACAAAAAAGUUAAGAAGAGUAGCAUAAACCAUGUGAAUGGGCGUGUGUUGAAGGAAGCAAAGAGCAUAAGCCAAGAAGGAAAAAAAAAGGUUUUAAGGUCGGUGUCAACAUUGAGAAAGAUAAAUACAAGCGAACUCGAAGAAUACGAGAAAAUUAUUGUUUGCGUUGAAAUGAGGUUGAAUGUCAGCUUGUGAGUGAAAUACACAGCUUACUCAAGUGAAUUGUCAUCGAGCAACAAUCGCAGUGCGCCGUACGACGACAACGAGAAGGAGGGGUUCAAUUACAUUUGCCAUCCAUAGUGAGGACUGUUGUGGAAUGAAUGAAUGUCGAAAUCUGGUCAAGAGGUGAACUAUAAAUAAAGAGGUCAAUUUGUGUACGGGCGCGGUUUCCUUCGCUUGGGAUUCGUUGUCAAAAUGGCUAGACAAAGGGACGUCGACGGUUGCUCAUUUUCCGUGCCACUGAUUCUGCCGGCGCUUCAACGUCCAACGUCCAAUCGCCCGUCGUUCCCAUCCUGUGGAAUCAUUCGAAGCAGUACCGGUUCUGCUACCAUCAACAAUGACUACAGCAGCAGCAGCAGCAGCUUUAGCGCCGUUGGGGCCACCGUCUCCACCGCAGCCGCCGUCGCCGUCGCCGGUCGUAGUUUUGCGUUCUGUGAAGGUGCCCUCGUCCGUUGUUGUUGAACAUCCCGCGGUGGGAUCUCCGGCGGUGGUCCGGGUGUUGCAUAAGGACACCGACACCCGAACAAGCGCGUCAACGCUGAAGACCUUAUCCAACGAUCUGAGUGAACUGCUGGUCAAGAAUCUCAGCUUGAAGCGUAAUAGUGAAACCUGUUGUGCAGCGGAAGACCCCUCGUCCCUGGCCAACAACGGCUGUGGUGCAUUGAGUGAAAUCGGCGGUGAUAGCAAUAGUGAUAGUUUGAAUUUGAUCAACCGAAGCAGGCAAAAUCGUAACUCGCUGUGCGAUACGUUCAGUUCCGUGAAUAAGCUGAUUAAGCUGAAGCGUGUUUCUAGUGAUAGCAGUAGCAUUAGUGGUUAUACGAAGAUCCAUUCCGGUGAUGUGCCGUAUCAGCAUAGCAUAAAUCCGCCUCCGCAGGCUAAGUUCAAACGCGUUGAAAUCAGUGUCCAGGAGCUCUCCGGCGAGUUGGUGAACCCUCGGAAGAGCAUUAUAGUGAAUCAAUUCGACCAAUUGACACCUCAUGAAAGUGAAAACGUGCCACUUUUGGUGAAUAGAAAACGCGUGGAAGAAGAAGAAGGGGCACCAGAAGAGGAGAAAGUAGUGGAAAAUUGUGAUAGUUUGGGGGUUAAGGUUCGUCGAAGGAUUCAGCACCCGCCGAGAUCGGGUUGGGGUGUCGGAUCCAUCCUGGAGCCGGUAGAGGAAGAGCACUACAAGAGAAGAAGCUUGCAGUGGCCGUUGGGAUUGGGUGGUUGGGGUGGUGAGGGAGUGACAGCCGCGGAGGAAUCAUCGGCGAUUGACGAGGAGACGGCGGACGGUGUCGGCGAAGAACGGAGGAGGAAACCUCACUUUCGACACUCGUGGAACGCUCCGGGCUACGAUUUGCUGCUGGAAGACGAGCGGGGUGUGGAUUCGAGGAAGGACUUUGCAUCGAUCGUGCACAAUCUGGCUGGUCUACGGAGCGCCCUCGCCAAUGGCGGUUCCCACGAGUCCGCUUCGCUACUGGAGCCACACUCGCCUCAGUUCAGCGGUCCCAAACCGUUGGUGGUGUCGAGCGGAGGCGGCGGAGGUGGCACCCAAGCCAAUCGCCGAUCCACAGCUGGCUGCAAUCCAUCCUCACCGGUAGUGCCAUCGAUGGCAACCGAUGGCACCCACCCGGUUUCCCUGGGAGCACCGGUACCACGGAAACGUCGGCUGGAAGCAUUUCUCAAAAGUCUCGUUGGAAGGAGGCCCUCAAAGGAACCUACGCCAGUGCUGCCACUUCCAUCGGUGCCAGCUGCACCUCCGCUGUCGAGUGCAACGAAUGUACCGCUGCUACCUUCGCCCGAGAUUAAAAUCAGCAAGAGCCCCUCCGAGCACAAUCUGCUCGAAAUGACGCGGAGUCGACUGAACAUUUCAACCACUUCGCUCAGCUCCGUUCAUCAGAAGCUUUGGUCGGUGGUUCCUCUGCUGAAGAGGGAUGUCAGCUGCAACAGCCUAGCACCUCCGAAAUCCGUGCCUCUGCUAGGGUCACAACCACCGAGUGGCCUCCGGAAGUGCGAAACAGUCCUCGCUUUGACCAAUUCCGCCCAUGCGGUCGAACCCAUCAAACCGCAGAAUCGGUUACGCAAUUGUGCAUCGGUGGCCACGUGCUCCCGUUGUUCUAGUCUCUUAUCUCUCGCAGCGGCCGGUUCGCGGUAUUCACUCAACCUAUCCAACGGAGGCUUUGUGUCAGUUGGUGGUACCAACCAACAAGCACCCGGCACCGGAAGUGGUAAACACGUCGGUAGUUUACUACGGCUAACGAAAACCUCGUCGGGAACAUCUUCCUCCUCCUCAUCGCCGAGUGCUUCCUCGUGUUCUCCAUCGGCAUCGCGCACCUCCUCGUCGGGAUCCUCCUCGUCCAACAGCAGCAGCCGGGCAUCGGUAACAUCGAAGGCAGCCAUGCUGGCGGAACCUCAGAGUCCUACGGCUGUGACCGGGGUUCCACCCAGCAGCAGUGCCCUGAAUCCGACCGUAAUAUUAACCUGCAAACUGUGCCUCGGGGAACACAACGCCGAGAAUCUCACCCGGAUAUCGCAGUGUGGCUGUUCGUUCUGUACGGAGUGCAUGACGGCGUACAUCGAGUUCGAGAUCUCGGAAGGUGCCUACGAGGUGUCGUGCCCGGAUGCGAUGUGUCCCGCCCAGGGUAUCAUCACGAUCGGCGAGAUAACGACGCUGGCAUCGGCCUCACUGGUGGAGAAACACCACCGUUAUCGACUGAAUAGAGAAGUAGAACUGGACAAGUUCCGCACCUGGUGCCCGAGGGCGGGCUGCGAAACGAUCUGCCUGGUCGGCCAGAACCAGCCGACCCAGUCCCAACCGAACAGUAAUUCGUCUUCCGAUAGAAUAGUUCAGCUGCCGGCGCCCUCAUCGAGUCUCCCGUCGCCAUGUGCCGUGCACUGUCCGACCUGCCUGGAGGAUUUCUGCUCCGGCUGCAAGAAGCCUUGGCACCCAACGAUGUCCUGCGAGGAGAACACCCGUCGGUUGGCGGCCGACGGCCAAACGGAUGCCCUCGGCAUUCCCUUCGACAAUGAUCUCAUCAAAUGCUGUCCGAUGUGCGCCGUGCCCAUCGAGAAGGACGAAGGCUGUGCGCAGAUGAUGUGCAAGCGGUGCAAGCACGUCUUCUGCUGGUACUGUUUGGCUAGUUUAGAUGACGACUUUCUGCUGCGGCACUACGACAAGGGUCCCUGCAAGAACAAACUGGGCCACUCGCGGGCAUCCGUCGUGUGGCACCGGGCGCAGGUGAUUGGCAUCUUUGCCGGGUUCGGAAUACUGCUGUUGGUGGCUUCUCCGCUGCUGCUCCUGGCGGCGCCCUGCAUCGUGUGCUGCAAGUGCCGAAUCUGCAGCGGUGCGGCCAAGCUCGAGGAAACCGAGGUGGACUACGACGAUGCGGCGGUGGCACUGCAGAGUCAGCGAUAAACACUGACACGUUGAGUGGUGGUUAACGGUUUCCGGAUUAGGAUGUUUUAUUUUUGUGUGUGUUUUAACUUGUUCUGGAGACUUUGAUUGUAGGUACUGAAAAUGUAGAAUUAGGAGGAGGAAAAUUGGUUUGAUAGGACUGAAAAAAAUGACGUAUUUGUAAGUUAUUCAAUCGAAAAAUGAAUGUCCGACUGAAAUGAGGCUGCGUCAAGGAGAUGACACCAUUGUGUUUUGUUUAAUUUUUCAAUUACUGAUCAACAUUUGGUUCAAAUCAAACUUAAAUCAAUCACCCAUAUUCACGUUUUUGUUCGAACCGUUUUUACAUACAAAAAAAUGUUUUGGGUUGAAAAAUACUGAGAGUAAUCGCAAGUCAGUCCCAUCUGCAUUUUUAUAAAUUUUGAGUUAGCAUCAUUAUUCAGUUAAUCUUUCUGUGUUCCGCAAGUCAGUCCCAUUAAAAAAAAAUAUGUUAGAAAUGUUAGACGACACAUCGCAUCAUGAGAUUUGUCUCAAGAUAGAUUUUGUCCACUUCCCCUAGGGUAUCUGGAACAUGUCCGGGUGUGGCCAACAUGGUGCUGGUCACUCAUCAUGACUCUUAUUGAUCUUAUUUUUGAAUUCUCAUGUGAAUUGAUUUAUCGCAUGGUGGGUUUGGCACGUUUAUGAAAAGCUCUGGUCUGAUGAAGACCCAUACUCACCGGAAUAUGUUCCGGUCAUUGCUCUGGAACCAGCGAAACAAAUUCAGAAACAUUCAAUAACGCUCUAUGGGACCAUGGCAUCUUUCUACUGUUCAAUACUGUGCUAAACUAAUGCAUCGUCAUGGAAUUGUGACUGACUUGCGGUUAUUUUUCUCAUUGACGUUAAAUCCCAAGUAACAA